CACGGAGGAGACUCGUCGCUUGGCCUUCUCGCCCCCGCCGCCUCCGCCUUCUCCCUCCGAGUUCGACUUCGAGGAUAUGGAGCCGUCAGAUUGCCAAUCUCGUAACCAAACUAGUGGCACCCCUGUUCACUCGGAUGAAUCUUCAGACGCACAUGCAGCUGAUGUCGUCAUGGAGGACCUGCUAGGUCCAUCUCGCAAGAGGAAGAUCGAAUCAUCAUCAGUUGCACAUGGCGGUGAUGUUGUUAUGGAGGAGCCUCAGGAUGGUCCAUCUCAUAAGAAGGUUGACAUUCAUCAGGCAAUUGACCUCAUGAGAUUUGUCUUCAGAGAAGGGAUGCCUUUCCUAGACAAUGGGUCUGGGAGAUCUUUUGCAGAGAGGAUGAUUGUGGACAUGUCAGGCUUCAUGGUAGACAUGAUGUUUCAGGAUCCUGGUAUUUCCCAGCAGAAUGCUCCCGGUCGGAUGUGGACGAUGACACCUACCCUUGACAAGGAUAUUGCCCAUGCAUUUGCUAAGGAAACAAGAAAAGGUAUCGGCAGUGUGGUCCAGGGAGAUUUCUAUGGGAUAUUUGUUGAUACAGUUCACAUACCUAGCACGAUUAUGUCCUGUAUGGUCCUGUUUGUGCGCUAUCUCAAUGGCAAGGGUGAUGUGGUGGAGAGGCUUCUCGGUGUUGUGCCAGACCCUGAUUUCCGUGGUUCAUCUAUCAAAGUGAUGGUGGAUUCGAUGCUUUCUGAAGCUGGAUUGAGUUUGUCGAAGCUGCGUGGUCAAGGCCAUGGCUUGUUUGGUUACGACGAUGAACUUUUCACCGAACUAAAGACACUAGUAUAG